AUGCCCGCAUCGCCUAAUCAUAUGUACAAAGUCGACUACAAGGAGAAUAAGGGGAAAUGCGUAGUCGCAGUAAGUCAAAUGCGAGCGGGAUAUUGCAUCGUGGAGGCACACCCAGAAAUAUUCGUCCCGUUGAGUGUGAAGUACAUGGCCCCAAGAGUAAUCGAUGCGGAAAAUGAAGAAACUAAUUACAGAACAGUGAACAUAUGUUUUUACUGCUUCGAAAAAUUUAGCAAGAGUGUUUAUUGCCCUAACUGCAAAUAUGUGGUCUACUGUAGUGACGUGUGUCUAGAUUUAGCGUGGAAGUUACAUCGAGAAGAAUGUGAAGUUUUUAAGUCUAAUAUUUUUGACAAGUUCUGUCCAUCCAUCAUCAUGCGCAUGGUAAUUAACAGCUACCUAAACCACUUUAAUUUUUACGAAUACUGUGGAAGCGUAGAAGAAUUGCCAAAGGAAAAAUAUGAGUAUUUUAAGUACCCAGCCUAUAUAGUAGCAGUAGCACUCAUGAGCAAGAAAAAAAAAUUAUUCUCCAACUUUGAAGAUAAUGAGAGCAUACUGAAAAAUAUCAUCGAGAAAUUUGUAAAAAUUUCGAAAAAUAGUUUACAGAUAAUUGAUAAUGAUUUAGAACCAGCAGGAUUGGCAUUUUACAAAAAACCUGUGCCAUAUUUUAAUCAUUCAUGUUUGAGUAACUGUGUAACUAUAUUUAAAAACCAAAAGCUAUUCAUACGAACCUUGGUGGAUGUAUAUCCUGGGGAAGAACUAACCAUUAGUUACGUUGAUAUAGCAUUUGACAGAAAUACGAGGUUAGCCAUUUGUAUGGAUCAGUAUUUCUUUACCUGUUCAUGUAAGCUAUGUAAAGUGAACAUGGUCUCAGAAUGUCAACAUAUUUUUAAUACAGAACUUCUGUGCACGCAGUCAGAGAGUUGUAAAAAAUGUGUUAAUCAUAUGGAGCUCCUUUUGAUAUCAGAGUUGGAAAGGAAAAGCUGUUAUAUGAAUAAAAAUCAAUUUAAGAGUGCUUAUCCUGUUUUUAAAAAAACGAACGAACAACAACAUGUGUGGAAAUGUUCCAUCUGCAAGGGUGAAGUUCAUGAUAAUGUUAUAAAAAGCUUAGUAGAAAAAGAAAAAGAAACUGUGAAAGAAGCCUCCCACUUGGAGUCUCUCUUCAGUGAAAAAUACACUUAUGACAAUAAAUCAGUAUUACAGGCACUUAAUAAAAUAAAAUCCAAAAUUGAUUAUUUGACCACUUUUUAUCACCAUACUAAAUAUUCUCUACAAAAAAUGAGAGCCAAGAUUCUUUAUAUUUCUAUACAGCUGCAAGAAUUUAAGUUAGCAUACAACAUUGCUAACCAGUACCUGAAAUCUAUAGAAGUUACCUAUGGGAAAUACUCCCCCAUUUAUGGCUACUAUAUUUUCCUAACCGGGAAACUUGCCCUCUUUCUGGACCUAAAGUCAGAGGGCCUCAGUUUAAUUCACAAGGCGAAGAAGAAUAUCAUAAAAACGUACGGACCGGACUCUCCCAUUUAUAAGGAUCUGGAGAAGUUCCUCUACACCAAUAAAUACUAA